AUGGGAACGUUUACAAAAAGCUUCGGCGCUUCUGGUGGAUUUAUAGCUGGAACAAAGAAAGUUAUUGACCAUCUGCGUGUAAAUUCACCGACCAGCUUUUACACGUCUCCAAUGUCGCCACCGGUGGCGCAGCAAAUAAUUACAUCGAUGAGCAUUAUCAUGGGCAAGGACGGCACAGAUGACGGCAUUCGUCGUAUCAAACAGCUUGCUCGAAACGCUCACUAUUUCCGUAUACGAUUAAAGCAGAUGGGUUUUAUUGUUCACGGCAGCGAUGACAGUCCGAUUGUCCCAAUGAUGCUUUAUCAUCCAGAAUACGGGUUAGUUUCCAUUACCAAAUAAAA